AUGUCUGACGCUCUGUGCAUUGAGGGAUCAUUGUUUGGCUCAGAACAAGGGCAGCAAGAUUGUGCUUCCUGUUACCUGAUUAACAUGAGCUCUGUCAUGGGCGCUUUUGUAGCUGACAUCGUUUUGACCAUCUUCAUCACCAUCUCUGUGUUCUGCUUUGCAACACGCCACAGGAGGAGAAGGGAACGGGAUUCCCACGACAGUAAAAGAACUGUACCUUUAUCAGCUUCAAAGAAAACGAUAGAAGAAGCCACAGAAUCUCCAUACCAGGAGUUACAUGGAGUCCAGUCAGAUGUCUACAGUGAGCUGCAACAUUUUAGGAAAUGA